CUCUGACAUUCUCCCCCAGUCUCAGAUUUUGGUGAUCUCGACUGCUCGAAGCUCGGGACUGCUAGGAAGCGAAGCAAUUCAACAGAGGACUUUCUCUUCCCUCCUCCACGAUCUUCACGAAUUUUCUCUCAAGCUCUGAUACCCCCCGAAAAGCGUCGCAAUGGCUGCUACCACGACUGGCACAGCGCCACCAAGCAGCCUGUCUGCCAACGACAACAUCACUCGCUUUGCAGCGCCUAGCAGGCCUCUCACCCCCCUGCCUGGCCAUGCCCUCUUCAACGACAAGACGAGAUGUUUCGUCUACGGCAUGCAGCCCCGUGCCGUCCAGGGCAUGCUCGAUUUCGACUUCAUCUGCAAGCGCGCUACCCCCUCGGUCGCCGGCAUCAUCUACACCUUUGGCGGUCAGUUUGUGAGCAAGAUGUACUGGGGCACAAGCGAGACCCUCCUGCCUGUCUACCAGGAGGUCUCCAAGGCCAUCUCCAAGCACCCUGACGUCGACGUUGUCGUCAACUUCGCCUCCUCCCGAAGUGUCUACAGCUCCACCUUGGAGCUGAUGGAGAAUCCCCAGAUCAAGACCAUCGCCAUCAUCGCUGAGGGUGUGCCAGAGAGGCGCGCUCGUGAAAUUGCGCACGUGGCUAAGAAGAAGGGUGUGACCAUCAUCGGUCCUGCUACCGUCGGUGGCAUCAAGCCCGGCUGCUUCAAGAUCGGCAACACGGGUGGUAUGAUGGACAACAUCGUCGCCUCCAAGCUGUACCGCAAGGGCUCCGUUGCCUACGUCUCCAAGUCUGGUGGUAUGUCCAAUGAGCUCAACAACAUCAUCUCGAACAACACGGAUGGUGUCUACGAGGGUGUGGCCAUUGGUGGUGACCGGUAUCCCGGCACCACCUUCAUCGACCACAUGCUGCGGUACCAGGCCGACCCGGAGUGCAAGGUCAUGGUGCUGCUUGGCGAGGUCGGUGGCGUUGAGGAGUACAAGGUCAUCGAGGCCGUCAAGCAAGGCGUCAUCACCAAGCCCAUCGUCGCGUGGGCCAUCGGUACCUGCGCCAGCAUGUUCAAGACGGAGGUGCAAUUCGGCCACGCCGGUUCCUUUGCCAACUCUCAGCUCGAGACGGCGGCCAUGAAGAACAAGAAGAUGGCCGAGGCUGGCUUCCACGUGCCCAAGACCUUUGAGGACAUGCCCAGCCUCCUGAAGCAGGUCUACGACGAUCUCGUGUCCAAGGGCACCAUCAAGCCCCAGGCCGAGCCUGCGGUGCCCAAGAUCCCUAUGGACUACUCUUGGGCGCAGGAGCUCGGCCUCAUCCGCAAGCCGGCCGCCUUCAUCUCCACCAUCUCUGACGAUCGUGGCCAGGAGCUCCUGUACGCGGGCAUGCCCAUCUCUGACGUCUUCAAGGAGGACAUUGGUAUCGGCGGUGUCAUGUCUCUGCUGUGGUUCCGCCGCCGUCUGCCGGACUACGCCUCCAAGUUCCUGGAGAUGGUCCUCAUGCUCACGGCCGACCACGGUCCCGCCGUGUCUGGUGCCAUGAACACCAUCAUCACCACACGUGCCGGCAAGGACCUGAUCAGCGCGCUGGUCAGCGGUCUGCUCACCAUCGGCUCCCGUUUCGGUGGUGCGCUGGACGGUGCCGCUGAGGAGUUCACCAAGGCCUUCGACAAGGGCCUCAGCCCUCGUGACUUUGUCGACUCGAUGCGCAAGGCCAACAAGCUCAUCCCCGGUAUCGGCCACCGCAUCAAGUCGCGGAAUAACCCUGAUCUGCGUGUCGAGCUCGUCAAGGAGUUUGUCAAGUCCAGGUUCCCCAGCUCCAAGCUGCUCGACUACGCUCUGGCGGUCGAGACGGUCACCACCUCCAAGAAGGACAACCUGAUCCUGAACGUGGACGGCUGUAUUGCCGUCUGCUUCGUGGACCUGCUCCGCAACUGCGGUGCCUUCAGCGCUGAGGAGGCUGAGGACUACCUGUCGAUGGGUGUCUUGAACGGACUGUUCGUGCUCGGCCGGUCGAUUGGUCUUAUUGCCCACUUCCUCGACCAGAAGAGACUGCGGACUGGCCUGUACCGUCACCCCUGGGACGACAUCACGUACCUGCUGCCCCAGCUGUCCCAGCAGGGGCGGCCAGGUGGCGAGGGCCGUGUCGAGGUGUCGGUGUAAAAUUGCAAAUGGAAAGGGGGAAGAAGAGGGGGAACAGGAGAAGAGAGAAGUUGUUCGAGAUAUGUAUCUAGAAGUCAAUGUGCAGAAUGGGGCUACUCCAUUUUCUGUGAUGCCCUGUGUCGUAAUGAAUAGCUCCAGGCUGGUUUUGCCGCGGUUCUUAGCAAAUAGAAGGGAAUUUGAAAUUGAGCACAUCAACAUUACAC